CCCCCCAGGCCUCCCGACCCUGCCAUCCCUAGCCACCUCCCCCAUGCGCACGGCCACCGUGACCCCAGCGCGGGAGCCAGACGCCGCCGCCGGACCCCCGUUACCUGGGGCCAAACGCGACUUGUCGCCACCUUGCGUCCUGGGCCCUGCCUCCCUCCCGGCCGCCUCCCGGCCCCGCGGCUGCCCGCGGCUGCGCCCCCCAGCCCAGCCCGGCCCGGGCGGCGCGGGCUGCCUCGGCGGGGCUGGCGGCGGCGGCCACGCUGCGCGCUCCGGCGGAGGGGAGGGGGCUCCGCGGCGGCGGCGGCGGCGGCGGCGGCGGCAGCGGCGGCGGCGGGCCCGGCGGGGGGCAGAGCCAAGAGGCGCGGCGGCGGCGGAGGAGGAGAAGGAGGAGGAUGCGGGGGGCUGCGGGCGGCGGCACGGCCCUGUCCGCAGUGAAGCCCGCGGCGCCCAAGGUGCAGGGAGUGGCCGUCGCCUCCUGCGCGCAUCAUUCCUGAGAUGGCGGCGGCGCGGCGGCGGCUCGGAGAGCCCGGGAGGGGCCAGCCGGCCGCGGGCUGAGCCCCGCCGGCCGGGGAGCUCGCCCCGGGGCCCGCGCGGCGGCGGAGCCCGGGCCGGGCGGGCCUGGGGAGCGGCGAGGCCGGGAGCGGCCCCGGAGCGGAGCGCACGGCCUGGGGAGGCCGCGAUGGCGAACGCUAGCGAGCCGGGCGGCGGCGGCGGCGGUGAGGCGGCCGCCCUGGGCCUCAAGCUGGCCACGCUGAGCCUGCUGCUGUGCGUGAGCCUGGCGGGCAACGUGCUGUUCGCGCUGCUCAUCGUGCGGGAGCGCAGCCUGCACCGCGCCCCGUACUACCUGCUGCUCGACCUGUGCCUGGCCGACGGGCUGCGCGCGCUCGCCUGCCUCCCGGCCGUCAUGCUGGCGGCGCGGCGUGCGGCGGCCGCGGCGGGGGCGCCGCCGGGCGCGCUGGGCUGCAAGCUGCUCGCCUUCCUGGCCGCGCUCUUCUGCUUCCACGCCGCCUUCCUGCUGCUCGGCGUGGGCGUCACCCGCUACCUGGCCAUCGCGCACCACCGCUUCUACGCCGAGCGCCUGGCCGGCUGGCCGUGCGCCGCCAUGCUGGUGUGCGCCGCCUGGGCGCUGGCGCUGGCCGCGGCCUUCCCGCCGGUGCUGGACGGCGGCGGCGGCGACGACGAGGACGCGCCGUGCGCCCUGGAGCAGCGGCCCGACGGUGCCCCGGGCGCGCUCGGCUUCCUGCUGCUGCUGGCCGUGGUCGUGGGCGCCACGCACCUCGUCUACCUCCGCCUGCUCUUCUUCAUCCACGACCGCCGCAAGAUGCGGCCCGCGCGCCUCGUGCCCGCCGUCAGCCACGACUGGACCUUCCACGGCCCCGGCGCCACCGGCCAGGCGGCCGCCAACUGGACGGCGGGCUUCGGCCGCGGGCCCACGCCGCCCGCGCUCGUGGGCAUCCGGCCGGCGGGGCCCGGCCGCGGCGCGCGCCGCCUCCUCGUGCUCGAGGAGUUCAAGACGGAGAAGAGGCUGUGCAAGAUGUUCUACGCCGUCACGCUGCUCUUCCUGCUCCUCUGGGGGCCCUACGUCGUGGCCAGUUACCUGCGGGUCUUGGUGCGGCCCGGCGCCGUCCCCCAGGCUUACCUGACGGCCUCCGUGUGGCUCACCUUCGCCCAGGCCGGCAUCAACCCUGUCGUGUGCUUCCUCUUCAACAGGGAGCUGAGGGACUGCUUCAGGGCCCAGUUCCCCUGCUGCCAGAGCCCCCAGACCACCCAGGCCACCCUCCCCUGCGAUUUGAAAGGCAUCGGCUUGUGAGGGGCUCUCCUGCCUCGUACGCCCCACCCGGCCUUUCCCUUUGGCUCGGACAGUGACGUCGUUUCUCUCUCUUAUGCCCCCUUAUUAAUUUUCUAAGCUGCCUUCAAAAUGACUCUCAAAGUGGUUAAGCACUUGGAUUGUACAGACUACUUUUUUUUUGGUGGGGGGGGGGGAGGGAGGGAUGGGUUUCGAUGUUCCAGCCCCGCCUCCAGCUCCGUGCAUUUGUCCUACUAAGUAUAUUUUCAUCCUGAACAAUAGGCCUUGGAGUCUUUGUACUGGUACUGACGUCUUUUAUUCCAUGUGUUCCUUUUUUUUUUUUUUUUUUUUUUAAAUAAAGCCUACACUAAUUUUCUUCAUGCAACGUUUCCUAAAGACUUUGGCCAGUUUUCUACAGAAGCUAUUUUUGACAACCUCAAGUGGCAUUACAUUUCGCAGUGAAGUAGAGGAACCUAGGGGACUUCACAAGUUUGAUUUCUUGAGGGUCUUCUGUGGGAAGCAGGAGAAAGGGGGGAGGGGAAAUUGUCGUCAGUUCCCCCUUGAGUUGCCGGCCGUGGGGUCAGUUGUGCUGCUCCGGUUCUUUGAAAGCUUUGAAAACUUUGUUCAGUAUCGGUAAUGAAUUUGAAGAGCAGAAAUGGGAGCGUGAAGUAGCGAGGCAGUGUUUUUUCAGCAGUGACAAGUGACAAGAUUUGUUUCCUACCUUACUUUUUACUACUAGAAAAAUACACAUCAGCGGCAACAACUGCUCUCUGUAUUAUACCAAUCUUGAGUGGAAGCAUUUCUGUAAAAUUGUAACUUUUAAAAAGAGUAAAAGUGUUUUGGUCAGUGAUGGUGUGGAGAAAAAAAAAACAAACCAGUAUUGCAUGUUUUUGUACUGAUUGUGGUUCACGGAUUGGGAAGGCUCUGGGAAGCAGAGUCAGAACUAAGUCGGAAUUGCUUAGGUAUUUUUUGCCAAUAAAAAUGAAAAUACGUUUAUGGAAACAGCUUGUGCUUUGAGACGCCCAGUUUUAUUCUGUCUUAUGAAACUAAUUUCCACUUUGAAAACUGUUCUCCUUUUGUUCAUGGUAUCAAUGAAUGGAAUAUAAUGAUAACUCUACUUCUACAAGACAAAGCAUUUCCUUAAAAUGUUUGCUAGGUUAAGCUGUGCUGUUCAUCUGAUGGAUAUUUUAAAUUAAUAAUGACAACCAUACUUUUAAAUAUUUGGUAGACACACUGUAAUCAUAAACGGAAAGCCUAAAUUCUGCAAGUACUGUAUAAUAUUUUUUGCUUAUAAUGCUACAUUUUUAUUAAUGUACCUUCCGUUUUGAGGAUUUAUAUCUGUAUUUCUCUUUGCAUUAUACAAAUAUACCAGUAUUUUCAUUCUGGA